AUGGCGUCAGGCCUGUCAGAAGAGGAGUUUCAUCGCAUGCAGCUCCAGCUGCUUGAGUUGAGGACGGCAAAUUAUGAGCUAGAAGGGAAACAAAAGCAGAAAGAGAGAGAUUUGUUGUCAUGGAAAGAAAAGUCAGAAGCACUAGAGAAAGAUUUACAGAAGGCUCAGAAGGCAAUCAACAAGAGCAAGAAGAUCAAGGAGGUGGAACUUCUACUGCAGGAGAAUGACACAUUGCAGUUAAAACUACAGAGUCAAGAUGAAGAUUUCAGGCUCCAGAAUCAGGCGCUCAUGGAGCAGCUUUCCCUGCUAGUAACCAAGAAUGAGGAGUUAGAAAAAGAAAACAGCUCCAUAAAGGAGGGCACCCCUAUCCAGUCUCCAUUAAGAGGAGAUGUCUCCAUACUACAGGAUGAAAUCAGGCGGCUGAAAGCAGAGAAUGCGGCACUGCAAAAGAAUCUCACAAGUCAUCAAGAAAAGUAUGAGAAAGAGUUAUCCAACCUAAGAGAAAGAAUACAGCAUAUUAAAGGAAAUACCUGUGACCAAGAUCAUCAGUUUAUCACUCAUGACGAUAUGACAGAGGAUGCGGACAUCACUUCUAGUGCUGGAUUUGAUGAGACACAGCACCAAAAUCAAGCAGAUGAGUCAAAUGGAAACAGUUCAAAGUCAAUAAAGACUGUGGAAGACUACUUAAGGGAGAUAAGUGAUCUCAGUUUAAGUUUGGACACUGAACUCGAAGAAAAGAAACUCCUAAAGAAACAACUAUCUGAACUGGGGAAUAGGGAAAAAGGAGAAGCAGUCACAUUGAAAGAGGAAGUGGAUAAGUUGACAGAGAAACUUCGAAAGAAACAGGAGAGUUUGGUCCAGCUUCAAGAAGAGAAAGAACAGCAAUAUAAUGAUAACUGCAAGAAAUUGGAGGAGUUACAAGCUGCUCGUGACAGGGACCAGAAGCACUAUACAGAUCAGAUCAGCAAACUAAAGCAGGAGUUGGACAAAAUCUCAGAGUCAUACAAAGAGUUGGAGAGUUCAUCUUGUCAGAAAAUACAGGAAUUACAGGACACCCUUGAAUCUGUUAAAGCUCAGGCAACAGCAGCGAGCGCAGAGACCAAUCAGCAGUUAGUGGAGGAGAACAGGAGGCUAUCUGAGGAGUUGACAGCUCGCAGUCAGGAGCUGGCAGUGAUUUCGCAUCAGAAAGAGGACUUGGUGACACAGUUGGCUGAGUGUCAGAAUGCCAGCCAAACCUCUAUGGAACAGCUCUACGCUGUGCAGAAAGACAGAGACUCACAAAUCCAGGCUUUGCAGGAAGCAAAUAAGGUGGCAGAGAAGAGGAAAACUUUGCUGGAUGACCUUGCUAUUCGCUACCAAAAAGAUGCUGAUGUGCACAGGGAAAAGAUACAGCAGAUGGAAGAGGAGUUUGAGGCUGAAAUCACAACUCUUUCUCAGCAGCUGGAACAGGAAAAGGAAAGAUCUGGGGAAUUAGAAAGGUGUCAGAGGUUAUUAGAAGAGGUGAAAGUUCAGCUGCAAUCUGUUGAAGAGACAAAAGGGUGGUUGGAGAGAAGACUUGCUGAAACUGAGGAAAACCUAGAAAAGCUAAAGGUGGACCAUGCGGAGACAGUGCAUUCCCUUCAAGAGCAGCAUCAAUCUGAACUGCAGGAGAUGAGAACGGCACAUGAGGUUCUGAUACAGGAGCAUGAAAGAGUGGAGGAAGAACUAAAAUCUGAAGUAAAAUCCAAACAAGAAUCUGUGGAAAAAUUAAAACAGGAAAUAAAGGACAGUGUUGAUGAAAAGAAAAUUCAUGAAAAGAAAGGUGUAACAAUGUUGAAAGAUUUGAAAAGACAGUUACACGCAGAGAGAAAACGAGCAGAAAAGCUUCAGGAAAGGCUACAGGAAGUCUUGUCAGAAUCCAGGAAUAAAGGUAUGGAGGAAUUGUUCAACCAGAGUGACUUGAGCCUGUCUGAUCCUUUACAAGGUGAUGGAAGUUCAAUAUCAUCAUGGAGUGCUGGUGCAAGUGGGGCGGGAAAGGAUACAUCCUCAGGGCCACAAUCUGACCGUACACAUUCCCCACAAACAGAGUUAGAAGAGGAGCACAAUGAUGUCUUGCAGCGUAUUGCUCAGUUACAGCAGGAGAAAUGGGACCUGGAAGAAAAGGUUUGUCACUUGGAAACUAGCAAUGCAGCUAUGUGUGAUGAUCUUCUACAGAAAACUGCAAUCAUUGAACAUUAUGUCAUGGAUGGAAGAUCUGAUCGACAUCGACCAACUGGUCCUCCAGAACAAAAGUUGUCUCUCAAGAAAGUUUUGGAUAUUGUCAACAAAGGGGAUGAAAAUGCAAAGGAGAUGAACAGAAAGUUGCAAAGAAUGCUUGAAGAAACCUUGACCAAGAAUAUGCAUCUGCAGAAAGAUUUGGAACUGUUAUCAGAGGAAGUUGUGAGGCUGAGCAAGGUUCAGGCUGGUGCAUCUUCCAAUGGAGGUUCAGACAGAAUGGACCCAUGUGAUCCGUGCAGUGGAAAUACUGACGUCGCUAACCCAGCAGAGGCCAUGCAGGGAGCAGAAGGCUUAUAGACACAUACACAUUCCAUUAGUACUGGCAGGCACAUGAGUACAAGACGGAACAACAGGUUUCUUUUGGAACAAGACUCAUGGAGAAAACUGCUUCCAUCACUCUUUGGUAUUAAUUUGUAACUAAUAUAUGUGUAGAUAUUAUUUUAACGCGUAUGUAUUUUAGAAAAAAAAACAAGAUACAUUACUGUUAUGGGCAAGUGCAAAUGAAAUGUUCAUCGUGAUGCUAAUUAUUAAUACUCAUAUAUAUACCAUAGCAUGUAUGACAGUGCUCAGGCAAGGUUUUGCUCCAUGUUACAGCCACAGGCAGUAAAUUCGAGCACAUACUGAAAUGUUUAUGCAGUUAGGAAUCGUUAUGAAUUUUUUUUUUUAAUUUGAAAGUGUAUCAUUGUAAAUAGUGGCAUAUGCCCAACCUAUGUACAAUAACCACAUCUGUUCACAAUAUUUUGCCCCUUUAAAUAUACAUGUACAUACAGUCCUUGCAUAUCAGUUUAUUAUCGAAGACUUUCAGCAUGUUGAUUGUUAAAUAUGCACGCUUGUAGAUAAUGUAAAGUUAGCAUCCCUUUUUGUACAUAAUCAUUUAAUAUGUUUUUCUUUCUAAUGAAUGCAUUUUGUAGUGUACAUGGAGAUAUGACACAUUUGUCAUCGAUGUUUUAUUGAUUUUGACAGUUCAUUUUUGAAUUUGUUGUGUAUGUACUGUUUAAAAACCCUCUAUUCUACAUCUUCUUACUCUUUAAAGGGCACUGUAAAAACGACUUGUUUCUUAGAAGAUUUUCUUGUGCGUAGGACAUUUGCAUAUACACAUACAUAAUGCAAUCAGGGUUUGAGAAGAAGAUUGUGACAGUGACAGAUUUUUUUCUUUUAUUCAGCAGUCAGCUCUUUGAAGGGUGAUUCAUCUUAGCUUUAGUUAACUGCACACUUUAAUGUAAGACUUCUGCAUGUUUUAACUUAUGCAUGUGCUAAUUAAACUAAUAAUAUGUAGGAAUAAGGUUAAAGACAAGGUGAAG